AUGGGUGUCCAGAAGAAAACCCGCAAGUUCGCCCAGGUCAAACGGGCGAUCAAAAAGCACGAUGACCGCGCCAAGAAAGACAACAACGCCCCAAAGCAAGACAAGGCCAAGGGCGACGAGGUCGUGCGGGCGAUUCCCCAAGCUCCGUCGAACAUGUUCUUCGCCGCCAACACGGCCCUCGGACCCCCCUACCAUGUGCUGGUGGAUACCAACUUUGUGUCGCACUCUAUUCGCGCGAAGACGGAUAUGCUGAAAUCUAUGAUGGACCUGCUAUAUGCGAAGUGUAUCCCGACGUUUACGGAUUGUACGAUUGCGGAAUUGGAGAAGUUGGGCGAUAAGUUCCGAUUGGCGCUGAGGGUGGCUAAGGAUCCAAGAUGGGCGCGCGUGCGCUGUGACCACCCCGGUACAUAUGCGGAUGACUGUUUAGUUGAUCGGAUCACAAAACACAGAAUCUACAUUGUGGCGACGAACGAUAAGGACCUGGUUCGCCGGAUUCGCAAGAUUCCCGGCGUGCCGAUUAUGAAGGUCGCAAGAGCGAAAUACGUGAUUGAGAGGCUGCCUGACCACUUUGACGCCGGGGUAAUUGGCCUCACAACAGCCCUCCGUAUCCAAGAAAGGCUCAAUCGCAACCAAUCCAUCCACCUCAUCGCGCGCGAUUUCCCCAACACCACAUCCCUAAACUACGCCUCCCCCUGGGCCGGCGCACACUAUCGCCCCGUGCCCGGUUCCACGCCGCAGGCCGUCCGCGAAGAAACCCAAGCCAAAGAAACCUACCGCUACCUCAAACAGCUGGCCUCAAGCGACGUCUCCUCGGGCGUAGCAGUGGUAGAAGGGAUCGAGCACCUCGAGAACCCACCGGCAGAAUAUCUGGACGAACAGAGCGUCCGAGAAAGCUACGGCCAUCUGGACGGGUUCCGGCACCUAGGGAGCGACGAAUGUCCCGCGGGUGUGAGAUGGGGCGUUCGAUAUGAUACGGUCACGAUUAACUCGCCGGUAUAUUGUGCGUAUCUACUGCGGAAGUUCGUUCUGGGUGGUGGAGUUGCUAGGGAAUAUACGGUGAUUGAUCCGAAGGAGGCGUUUUAUCUAGCCCCGAAUGUGAAGACGGUGGUGAAUUGCUCUGGGCUGGGGUUUGGGGAUGAGAGGUCGUUUAUUAUUCGGGGGCAAACUUGUCUUGUGCGGAAUCCGUGCAGCCAGACUGUGACGAGGCAAAAUGUCGAUGGCUCUUGGUCUUUUUGUAUCCCGCGGCCGUUGUCUGGCGGCACCAUCAUUGGGGGCACGAAGCAGCCGCGCGAUUAUGAUCCUACUCCGUCGCUGGAGACGAGGGAGAAGUUGCUGGCCAACGCGGCCAAGUGGUUCCCGUUUGCGCCGGGGAGUGAGGGCAAGUUUGAUGUUAUUCGCGAUAUUGUAGGUAGGAGGCCGGCUCGAGAGGGUGGAAUGAGGAUUGAGACGGAAAAAGUUGGGGAUGGGCGGUUUGUGAUCCAUGCGUAUGGGGCUGGCGGGAGAGGCUUUGAGUUAUCAUACGGAGUGGCCGGGGAUGUGGUGAAGUUGAUGGUAGGCAAUAAGUUGGUCGGCGAAAAGGCCUCGUUGUAG